ACAAGGCUCUCACCACCAUACAAUAUGAGCGAUGACAUUCACUUUUCUGGCAGACAACCAAGAUGGCCAAGGAAGUCGAGAUACUGGUGCACAUCACUGCACCCAGCACCUCCAAAGAUGAUGCAGCCUACAGAGCACUGGCAUCAGCCUACCUAGACUUUGUGCCAGACAGAAAGACGGAACUGGCUGCUGCACCUGAGGCAUUAUCACACAUCCAUGCUGCACCGCCUGCUGCUGAGCUAGAAUCCCCACAAGCCUCUUUCAGAAGUGUCUGGGGAAACAUUAGGCCUUCGGCAGCAGGAUCGCAUUCGCAAGAGUAUGGACAGAGUGCUUCACAGCAGCAUGGAUCCGAGUCCCAAGACUCAUGGGUUCAGCCGCCCAGCGAGGUCGAGGACUCGAUGCCUGACAACGACAUCAGCAUGGCUGCCUUUACUACUCCGACCAGAGUGUUGAACUACUAUCUGCAGACGAUGCACCAACCUUUGUCAGAAUCAUCACAAGAAGUUGUGGGGACAAGAGAAAGCACUUUUGAUGAAGGGAUAGGUGAUGUGACUAUGGCGCUUGCCCAUGAUGGUGUUGUAGCUGAGGAUGGCAAUGAAGAUGGCAGCAAUCCGCCAGCACCUGCUGUGGAACAAGAGUCCAUCUUGACUUCAGAUGGCGGUCCUGAUGAGGUCCGUGUGACGCAAGUGCCGUCAAGCCCGCUGCAGUUGAAAGGUGCUCCACCGCCUCAACUCUCAUUCUCCAAAGAGUCGAGAGUCAGGUCACCAUAUCCCGCGCAGUCGAGCCAAGAGUUGAGGUCUGUGGUUGACGAUGUCAUCAUACCCUCUACCCAGCCUCUCGAGCGAGCAGACUCUGCACCGCCAUUGUCCAAGCGACAUAAACCGAACCCUCCCAUAGCAGUGGGCCAGGCCCUGAGCCGGAGCAUCAGUGACGUGUUGCCACGGGGAGCUAAGCAGCUCAUGCUCUCCCGGCACGGCCAGCCGGACAACAUGGCCGCCGGCGCCGGGCUCCAGAACACAGACUGGAGCGACACUGUCGAGCUGGUCUCGGCGGAGCCGCCCGCAGCCAACCACAGGCUCGAGCCCCGUGCCCCAGUCUACCUGCAGGACUUUUGCGAGAAGUUCAGCAUGAAGAACCGCUACAGGCCUCACUUCCAGGCCCGUGAGAUGCAGCCGUUUGAGCGGGGCUACUGGGCGCUGGACAUGGACGGGUGGCCCCACGAGGCCAAGGUCGAGACGUGGGGGUUUCUGGGCAAUUUCAUCCGUCGCGACAACGGGGCGGGCUGGGGCACGAGGGCGUGUCGAGACGGGGGCUGGCGCUGGAUCCGGCUCUACGGGUGGGAGCACAUCGCGGGGGAGCUGUAUAUCCUCCUGUACGUGGCGAGCUACCGCCGCCUGAAGCUCAUGGAGGUCUCUUGGUAUGAUGGUGCUGGGGAGGUACUGGUCAUCAUGGGGCCAAGGGGCAAUAAGAGCAUCUUGGAUUGAUUGUUGGCAACGAACUGGACACCACUUGCUGACGUCUUUUGGACGUUGCAUGAAUAAUGGUGUGGCGGCUCAGCAUUGUUUGGUGCAAAAUCCGAAUUAGCAUAUGGCAUAGGCGUUUGAAUCAAUGCAUUCCCUUCCAUGAU